AUGUUGAUAACCUGCUUUCUGGACCCUGCACCGACGAUGGACCACAGCCAUGGCGUAGUAUUCACUCCCCAGAGCGUGGCGACGCCAGAGCUCGACGUUGCGGCCUUCCUUGACCAGCCACAGCUUCGGUACAUUCGCAUAUACUGGGUUGACUUCGUCAACAUCCGUCGCUGUCGAAUCGUGCCUGUCGCGCACUUCAAGGCUCUCCUCAAGUCUAACCGGCCCGGCGUCAACAUCGCCAAAGUCUGUCUUGGACUCAUUGGUCUCCAUGUCGCGCCUGGAUUCGUCCCCGUUGGCGAGUACCUAUACGCAAUCGACCUCAAAUCGCUCCGCCCUUGUCCGUUUGCGCCGGGGCAUGCUGCUGUACUAGGCCAGUUUGAGGAAAAAACGCCAUUGGCUGGGACUGUUGCCGUGGAGCUCUGUCCAAGAACGCUAUUGCGUGGAGUCGAAAGUAAAAUCAAAACCGUGCAUAAGACCGAAUUUCUUGUCGGAUUCGAGACAGAAUUCAUCCUGCUCGACAAGAUCGAUCCCGUCAACCCAGUCAAUGUGCACGACUGGUCUGCGUCAGUCGGCCUGCUAGCUGGCUCCCGCGAAGCGCUUGUACUCGAAGAAAUAGGCGACGCAGUGACCGCUGCUGGUAUUUCGCUGCAAAUGAUCCACGCAGAAGCUGCCCCGGGCCAAUACGAGGUCGUCACCGGCCCACUAACUCCCCUCGCUGCCGCCGACGCCCUUGUCUACACCCGCGAAAUCAUCGUCCAAAUCGCCGCUAAACACGGCCUCCACGCGACAUUCGUCCCCCGCCCAUUCAUGUACUCCGCUGGCUCCAGCGCCCAUGCACACAUCUCCGUCCACACCGCAAACGAGCAGAAAUCAGCUGACGGCCUGUCUACCCACGAGUCGCAAUUCCUUGCUGGUGUGCUGAGUCAUCUGCGCGCCAUCGUCGCGCUGACACUUCCCACCAACGCGUCGUAUAAACGCAUGACGGACGGCGUCUGGAGCGGGGGCACCUAUGUCAACUACGGCACCGAAAACCGCGAGGCGCCGAUCCGGCUGACUAACGCGACCUCGCCUGCCUCGCGCAACUUCGAAAUCCGCUUCGUCGACGGGACGGCCAACCCGCAUCUCGCGCUGGCGGCGAUCCUGGCCGGUGGCCUGCUCGGAUUCGAUGCCCAGCAGAAAUUGGAGAUGCAGGAUUGUCCUGGCCCGAAAAGCGCUGCGGAGCUGACAGAGCAGGAGCGCUUGGCGUUGGGAAUUACCACGCGGAUGCCGCUUUCGGUGGAGGAGGGCCAGAAGAGUCUGGAAGAGGACGGCGCACUGAAGGCCGUGCUGGGGACAGAGUUCGUCGAGAAGUACUUGGCUGUGAAUAGAACCCUCCAGACGUUGUUGGUGAAUGAGGCGGACACGGAGGACGAGGCGUUGACGCGAGUAGUGAAAUUUUAUUGA